CUAAUUCACACUAAUCAAUGCUAGCUGUGAAUUGACAGCUCAAAAAGAAAAAAGUUUCCACUAAUUGAGUUAUACAGCAUAUUGAAUUGAAUUUAUUGUUAGAUUUUGAGAAUAAAGAAUCACAGUCUCAUCUUCUUCCUUCACAACUCCGAAGCAAUAGUACAAGCCAUGGCAGCAGCUUAUGCAGCUCUGGUUUCUGCUAUGCAUAUCAUAAACAACCUUCACCAUCAUCCUCGCCCUCCUAUUUCUCUCCACAUUCAACAAGUUGAAUCUCUCACUCAAAAGAUUAAUUUCCUGCUCGAAUUUCUCGAGGGGUAUAACCCCCAUCAUGGCUACUCCAAAGAAGCGGAUCCAUUGGAGUCUCGCAUUGCAGAUGCUGCUUAUGCGGCCGAAUACGCCAUUGAAUCUCAUAUUUUGAAUAAUGGAGAAAUAUUGAGUUAUCUAUCAAUAAGAAAAAUAAAAAAAAAAUUAAAAAAAAAUUUAAAAAAAUUGUUUAUGGUGGCCUUUAUGAAGCUCUGGAGAAGGUGAUAGAAGACAUGGCUUCGAUCGAAGAGGAAGCCAAGCAAAUUCAAGGGAGAGUUGGAGUCCAACAUCAGCUGCACACAAAGUCAACGCCUUCGGAUUCGUCGAGAUCUUCUUCGAUUCCGCAGCAGAGUAGCAUGGUGGGUGCUGAUGAUGUCAAGCUUCAAAUGAUGGAUAAGCUCACUUCUGAUAGCCUUCAUCUACAGAUCAUUCCCAUUGUAGGGAUGGGCGGCUCCGGUAAGACCACUCUUGCUAGAACUGUUUAUGAAGAACGUCUUAUUAAGGAGCAUUUUGAUAUUUGUGCGUGGGCUACCAUCUCUCAAGAAUAUGUCAUUAGAGAAAUUUUUGCAGCUGUUCUUCGACAGUUAAAUAUUAAAGUUGAUGACGAUUUGAAUGAGCAUGAAUUAGGAGAAAAGUUGUAUAAACAUCUUUAUGGUAGAAGAUACCUAAUUAUAAUGGAUGAUAUGUGGAGCAUCGAUGCAUGGGAUAGAGUUAGGAAUUAUUUUCCGGAUAGCAAAAACCGUAGCAGAUUAGUGGUAACAACUAGGCUAUCUGCUUUGGCUUCUAAAUUACCUAACUCUGAUAGCCUUGGGAUGAAACUUUUGGAUGAGGCUGAAAGUUGGGAGCUUCUCUCCAAAACUGUGUUUAGGGAAGAAGGUUGCCCUCUUGAAUUGGAGGAAAUCGGAAAAAAGAUUGGAAAAAGCUGCAAAGGACUUCCAUUGUCAAUUGUUGUAGUGGGAGGCCUUUUGGCCAAGUCCAAACAUGAAAGAGAGUGUUGGGAAGAGAUAGGGGAAAACUUGAAUGCAAGUGUCAUUAAUUUGGAGGAUGAUGAACAUUGCUUGAAAAUACUAUACAUGAGUUACAAGCAAUUGCCAAUACAUUUGAAACCAUGUUUUCUUUAUAUGGGUGUUUUUCCUGAAGAUCGGGAGAUUCUUAUCUCAGACAUCAUCAAAUAUUGGGUUGCGGAGGGAUUUGUGAAGGCAGUAAGUGGGAAAAGCUUGGAAGAGAUAGCAAAAGAGUAUUUAAAAAACCUUAUUGCUAGAAAUCUUGUUUUAAAGGAGAGUAAUUAUUGGGGAAGGAAGUGGUGCAAAAUUCAUGACUUGUUGAGAGACUUGUGCUUGAGAGAAGCUGAAAAAGAAAGGUUUUAUAAUACGGCAUCAGAUAAUGAUGUCAUAGGGGCCUUGCCACCUAUGUCAAAAGCUCGUUGUUUGACGUGGAAUGUUGGACGAAAACUAUCACCUCUCAAUAUGAGCUUGUUCACGAUACUGAAAAUAAGUGGAUACCAAUGGGUCAAAGAAGAUUUAUCUGGACACGUAGAUCAAUUAGUUAACUCACGGUUCCUUCAAAUAGGUAAUUCCUUUGGAGAAAUAAGUGAGUGGAAUUUUCCUAGUUCAAUAUGGCGAUUUUGGAAUCUACAAACACUAAUUGUUGACGACUACUGUAUGCAUGAGAUUAUUACUGCGCCAACUGAUUUUUGGUACAUGCCUCACAUCAGGCAUGUUACGUUCCACAACGGUCUUCGUCUCCCAGAUCCACCUAACGACCAAGAUGACAUUGUUUUGGGAAAUCUGCAAAGUUUGGGGACUGUAUUAGAUUUCAAAUGUAGCGAACAAGUGGUCCAAAAAAUUCCCAAUAUAAAAGAAUUGAUUUUUCGUAAUGACGAUGAGAUGUAUUGUUUGAGCAAUCUCGAUUGUCUAACUAAACUUGAGUCCUUGGAUUGCGAGAUUUCUCCAAGAAGUGCAAUCAACUUUCCCCAUUCGCUCAAGAGAUUGGUUCUCUGGACUGAUUGUAGGGAAGACAUAUUGGAUAAAGUAGGUGUGUUGCCCCAUCUUCAGAAGCUCACACUCAAGUCGGGGAGGUUCAACGAAGGGAAGUGGGAAACAAUUGACGGCCAAUUCCGCAGCCUCAAAUUCUUGACUCUUCAGGAUACUGAUAAUCUAGAAAUCUGGAAAAUUGAAAGCUCCCACUUUCCAUGCCUUGAACGCCUUCAUCUUAUUCGAGUACAUAAGUUGCGGGAAAUCCCUUUAGAGUUCGCAGAAAUACCCACACUUAGAGAAAUUGUUGUGGAAUAUUGCAGCGAUUCGGUAGUGGUUUCUGCAAAAAGAAUAUCAGAGGAACACGAGGACUAUUAUGGGGAAGGAGCCCUUCAAGUUCGCGUUCAUCUCAGGGAGAAGAACGAUGAAGGACUGAUGAGCUUGGAUAGUCCUAACUUUCGCGUUAACCGUCACGCAUGAGAAUCAUUACUACUACUACUAAGGUAGUGUGUGGGGAAAGCGCACAGCACAAUCACGCUUGCAAGAAUAUAUACCUGCAAGUGUUGAACCAGAUUGCACUCCCUCAUAAGCUGCUGUGAUGCUCUAUGUUGCAUACCUGAGUUCCUGCCAUAAGAUCUCAGUAGCAAUUCUACUUAGAACUUGGCUAAAAAUGGUAAGAAGGAAUUGUCUGAUUUCAUAUAUAAACGAGAAGAAAUAAGAAUUCAAGCAUGGGAGAGUCAACAGAAAGCAAGGGUUCAAGCUAAAAUGAGGAAAAUAGAGGUGCAAAUUGAGCAAAUGAAAGCACACGCUCAAGCAAAUGAAGGAGGUAGCAAUGGCAAGGAAAAAACGAGCAGCAACAGUUUUCGUAUAUUAAUAUGUAUUAUGUAAUUGUUCGAGUCUCUAUUAAAACGGGUAAAUUAUGUGUGUGGGUAGUGAAAUUUGAAUUCAAAUCUCGAUCCAUAUCAAUAUC